AUUUAAUGCAAAACGACAAAAUAAAAAGGAAAAUGGAGUUAAAAAAACAUAGCAGAAAAAAAGUUGAGAUCAUCUCUCUCUUCCAACUUGCACAUUCAGUAUUCCAUUCAUCGCCCGAAUUUCCAACUCAGGACUCCGCGCUUGGAAGUUUGGAACACCAAUCACAGCUAGAGGGAGAAAGGACAAUGGUAGUAAUGUUUUGGACCCAAGAGAGAGAGAAAGAGGAAGAGCCAACCAGUUUGAGUUUAGUUGAGCUAAAGAGUUGAGUUUUGUUGGUGUUUGCAAACCCAAUUAACCUUUCUAUGGGACCGUGAAAUCAUUGUGCCUUAACAACUACAAGUGGGUCAUUCUUUGUUUUUGAGGUCCUAUCUCCCACUUGUUGGUCUUUGCUGUCUCUGCUUCUGCAUCUCCUAACUUUUUUCAAAACUAACCCCUCUGCUAGUACCACUUCUCUCUUUUCUAUGUGCCAUCUUCUUCCCUGAGUCCAAAGGAAGAUCUAUCCUUUUCACUAUCUGGUUACUGGUUUAUUGUUGUUCAAGGGAGUAAAGAUCAUUUUUUUUAUUGUGCUAUUGCCUCUGCUGUGCAUGCAUGCCAGUGUGUUAUGUGUUUGAGUUUGAAUUCUGUUUCUUUGUGUUAUCGUCUGGAGUAAAUUGUUGUUUUGUGAGAAGGAGAGGGUUAUCAUUCAAUUCAAGCAUCUGGGUAUUCUUCAUACUGGGAAGGCUGUAGUGGGUAUUGCUUGAAGUGAUUGUUGUGGCUAUUGGAUUUGAUGGGUUGAUUUUGGGGUCACUUGUGGGUGUGAAGCAAAAGCGGCUUUUUGGAUUUGGUUCAACUUUUUAUUUUCUGCAGUUGGUGUUUAUAUUGAUUAAGAUUUCAUGCAUGGUCCAAGACAAUGGAGAGGUUUAUGGCCAGAUUUUUGUUUCUUUAGCAUUGAACACUUCAACAGCUCAGUGAAAUAACAUGAAGAACUUUCUUAAGAAGCUCCACAUCAUGUCUAAUCAAUCACAUGAUGCAGAGGGGUCAAAUUCAUCAAGGGGCAAUUAUAACUCCUUUGAUGCCUCUUCCCCUGAUGGGCAUCUGCCCUCUAGGUCCAAUGAGCAUAACCCCUUCUCAGGUAUUUCCAGUUGGUUGAAUUCGGUUGCUAAUAGAAAAAGUCCUAGUCCACCAUCAUCUUCAAAUGUGUCUAGAGAAGAGAGGACUGAACCAUCUGAUUCGAUUAGCAGUGGUGGUUUGGAUGUCGUUUCUGAUGUAGCCAGGCGUGACUCAGGGUCUACUGCAUCAAGGGAUCCUGAAAUUGAGGAGGAAUAUCAUAUUCAGCUGGCUUUGGAGCUCAGUGCAAGAGAGGAUCCUGAGGCUGUUCAGAUUGAGGCUGUUAAGCAAAUAAGUUUGGGCUCUUGUGCUCCUGAGAAUACUCCAGCGGAAGUUGUUGCUUAUAGAUACUGGAAUUACAAUGCUCUCAGCUAUGAUGAUAAGAUCUUGGAUGGUUUUUAUGACCUGUAUGGAAUUUUGACCGAGUCCACAUCAGAAAGAAUGCCUUCACUAGUUGAUUUGCAAGGAACACCAGUGUCAGAUGGUGUCAGGUGGGAAGCAGUGCUAGUGAAUAGGGCUGCUGAUGCUAACUUGUUGAAACUUGAACAGAAGGCACUAGAGAUGGCGGUCAAGUCAAGGUCUGAAUCUUUAGUUUUCACAGGUAGAGAUUUUGUGCGAAAGCUUGCUGUUUUAGUUUCUGAUUACAUGGGUGGAUCAGUUGGGGAUCCUGACAACAUUACUAGGGCAUGGCGGAGUCUUAGCUACAGUUUGAAAGCAACACUUGGUAGCAUGGUUUUGCCACUUGGUUCUCUUACAAUUGGAUUGGCUCGCCAUCGUGCACUAAUGCUCAAGGUUUUGGCUGAUAGUGUGGGUGUACCAUGCCGGCUGGUAAAAGGUCAUCAAUACACUGGUUCUGAUGAUGUGGCCAUGAAUUUUGUAAAGAUUGAUGAUGGAAGGGAAUACAUUGUUGAUCUAAUGGCAGAUCCUGGCACUCUUAUUCCUUCUGAUGUAGCUGGAUCGCAUGUAGAAUAUGAUGAUUCUUUCUUUUCUGCUAGUCCUUUGUCUCGAGACAUUGAUUCAUCUCAUAGAGCUUCUUCUAGUAGUGGAGUAGCAAGUUCAUUUGAAGAACAUUCAGAUGUUGGGACACUGGAGAAGAGAUCCAAAUUUAGGAAUGUUGCUGGUUCCGGAAAUGAAUCUGAUGACAAGUGUGAAUUUCAUGAAUUUACAAAUGUGACCAGGACAAUUAAAGGUGAAGAAGAAUCCAAGAUGACCUUGGAUGAUUUUAAGAAAUGUUCCAAUGUAGAGAAGGUGCUGAUGCGGGAGAGUCCUGGAAGGCCUAAUUAUCCUUUUGCGCAUGCAAGAUCUCCUUCAUGGACUGAAGGUGUUAGCUCUCCUGCUGUGCGUAGAAUGAAAGUGAAAAAUGUUUCGCAAUAUGUGAUUGAUGCUGCCAAAGAGAAUCCACAGUUAGCCCAAAAACUUCAUGAUGUAUUGCUGGAAAGUGGUGUUGUUGCUCCCCCUAGCUUGUUUACUGAAAUUUAUCAUGAGCAGUUAGAUGGAUCAACUACUGAGGCCAAGUCCCCUACAGAAGAUAAGGAAGACCACAAACAGAAGAGUGAUGCCUGGCAUAUGAAAGAUCAAGAAGAUCUUAGUCCUGCUCGAUUUUUGCCCCCUCUGCCUCAUCACAAAGUGCAUUCUAAGGCAAGUCCUGCUUUUAACCAACCUGAGCAACUUAAACCUGUGGAAGGUUUAGGGGUAAACCAUCCUUUUGAGAUAAGAGAGGUCACUGGACGACCCGUGUCAUUGCAGUCUGAACUAACUCCCGUGAGUUAUGCAAAAAAUGUUCCUGUUGCAGCAGCAGCUGCUGCUGCUGCAGCUGUUGUUGCAUCUUCUAUGGUUGUUGCUGCAGCAAAGUCAAGCACUGACUCAAACCUUCCUGUAGCUGCUGCUGCUACUGCUACUGCUGCAGCUGUUGUUGCAACAACUGCAGCUGUCAGUCAUCAUUAUGAGCAGUGCACACGAAGUGAUGGAGAUGCAAAUAGUUCUGGUUAUGAGCCACGAGGUAGUGGGGACCGUGGAAGUGGUGGCCAAGAACAUGAUGCUUUUGGGGAAAAUUCAGAAGGCGGGAGAAUAUCUGAUAGAUCAACUGGCAAUGAUAGCUUGAAGUCUGAUGCAGGACUAGAUGACAUUGCAGAGUGUGAGAUUCCAUGGGAGGAAAUCACCUUGGGUGAACGCAUUGGACUUGGAUCAUAUGGAGAGGUAUAUCGUGGAGACUGGCAUGGAACUGAAGUGGCUGUGAAGAGGUUCCUAGACCAAGGAAUUUCUGUUGAAUCACUUGAAGAAUUCAGAAGUGAGGUUCGAAUCAUGAAAAGACUCAGACAUCCCAAUGUGGUUCUCUUCAUGGGAGCAGUAACUCGUGCCCCAAAUCUUUCCAUUGUUACAGAAUUUCUUCCUAGGGGUAGUUUGUAUAGACUAAUUCACAGGCUUAACAAUCAAUUAGAUGAGCGGAGGCGUUUGAGGAUGGCUCUUGAUGCUGCUCGAGGAAUGAAUUAUUUGCACAACUGCACUCCAGUAAUAGUACACCGUGAUUUGAAGUCCCCAAAUCUUCUAGUUGAUAAAAACUGGGUGGUGAAGGUAUCAGAUUUUGGGCUAUCACGAAUGAAGCACAGCACAUUUCUCUCUUCAAGGUCAACUGCAGGGACGGCUGAGUGGAUGGCCCCAGAAGUGCUAAGAAAUGAACCAUCAGAUGAAAAGUGUGAUGUUUAUAGUUUUGGGGUUAUACUAUGGGAGCUCUGUACAUUGAGUCAACCAUGGCGUGGAAUGAACCCAAUGCAAGUUGUUGGUGCUGUUGGAUUUCAACAACGACGCCUUGAUAUUCCAGAUGAUAUGGAUCCAGUCAUAGCGGAUGUUAUUAGGAAAUGCUGGCAAACGGAUCCAAAGUUGAGGCCAACAUUUGCAGAGAUCAUGGCUGUUUUGAAGCCAUUACAGAAGCCGAUAACUGGUGCACAAGUGCCUAGACCAAGUUCAUCUAUGAGAGGUGGACAUGAGAAAGGUCAGCAACAGGCAGGCUAACAGAGCUAAUUAGUGAGUCAGAGUGGAACUUCAGCUCAAUGGAUUGCCAAAAAUAUCAAUAUGGAGGCAAAUUAUGAACUUUCUGGGACAAGAAUGCACAUUGAAAUACCAAAAAUAUAGAGGAAAUAUAUGGACUGUUUGGGAGAAGAACAUGAGAGAGAUGAUCGAUGAUCAUGGCCCAAAUACAUUCCAAUUGGAGAUGAUUAUGAUUCUUUUUUCAAUGUUUUCCCUUCUUUUUUAAAUGUUUUCCCUUUCUUGUUUUGUAUUCUUGUGCAGCCAUUCUCAAGGUGUAUUUGCUUGUAAAAUAAGAAAAUCCAUUUGAAAUUGUUGUAAUCAAUAUUUUGUGGUUA